AUGGUCGACACAAACGUUGUUUUCUCGGCGGUGUCGAUGAUCACCUUCGUGCUCUGCAUGAUCCCGCUGUAUUGGCACGCGCAAUCAUGGAACAUUGGAACGUGCAUGUUCAUUAUGUGGUCGGGUCUUGGGACGCUGGUCUGGGGCAUCAACUCAAUCAUUUGGCACAACAAUGUGAUCAACUGGGCCCCCGUCUGGUGCGACAUCGCGACGAAGUUCAUCCUCGGGACAUCGAUCGGUAUCCCAUUCUCUUCAAUGGCUAUCAACCGUCGUCUGUACAAGAUAUCCUCGGUGCGGGCGGUCAUGAUCACUCGCUCGGAGAAACGCCGCGAGAUGGCCAUCGACUUCGGCCUUUGCCUCGGUGUGCCCGUGCUAGUCAUGAUUCUUCAUUACAUCGUUCAGGGUCACCGCUUCGACAUCUACGAGGACGCGGGUUGCGAGCCCGUCACCUAUAACACGCCCGCGGCAUUCGUUCUUGUCUAUAUGUGGCCUCUCAUCUCCGGCCUUUUCGGCGCGUUCUUCUGCAUUAUGUCAAUUUGGAACUUCCAGAAGCGUGGUCGCCAACUUCGCGAGGUCCUGUCUACACACUCGAACCUCAACACGUCGCGCUACAUCCGCCUUAUGUUGCUUGCCUCCAUGGAACUCUUCGCGAACUUCCCUUUGACGAUCUACAUCAUCUGGCGUAACGCGACGCAGUAUGAGGUGUUCCCGUACAUCUCCUGGUACAACGUCCACGUCGGCUUUAGCAAGGUCAAUCAGUACCCUCGCAUCCUUUGGGGCGACGACCCGGAGCUUGUUUCUGGCAUCGAGAUGCAGCGUUGGUUGACGGUCGCCUGCGCAUUGGUCUUCGUCCUCUUCUUCGGCUUCGCUGAUGAGGCACGCAAGCACUACUCCAAGGCGUACACCUCCAUCGCCAGCCGUCUUGGUCUCACCACGGUCACGGAGAGCUCGUUCGCAGACUCUCGCUACGAGUCCAAGGGCGUUGCCGUCCAUAUAUCGACGAGCGGUCCGACGAUCAGGCGCGAUUCGUUCAUGUCCGGCCUGUCCACCAACAUCUCACUCGGCGAUUACGACGAGUCGUCCUUCGUCAAGAAGGACGAGGAGAAGGCAGACUCGCCUACGGACACCGAAUCGACGAAGUUCUCGCCGACCGACUCGGUACCUUCGUCAUCAUUCGCCCAGCUCCCGCAUUUGCCGCAACACCCCGAGCACGCUCACGUUCGCCCGGAGUCCGAGAUCCUUGCCGUCGAUCACCACAUUCGCGGGGCGGAGGCCGUCUAA